AUGGAAUCAAGUAGUCAAAAGUUUCCAGGAAACAGAAACGGUAUAAAAGUAAAAGUGGAAAAUCAAGGCCAUAAUUCUUUGAGUCUUCAGCAUUUUGUUAUGGGUGAUGUAAAUAAGAAUAAUUCGAGAAAGCUUCAGUCAUCACAACGACCAGUCUUUAAUGCCAAACUGAAUAAUGAAUCAUUGCUUCGGCUAUCCCGAGUUCAUUCAUCGGAUCGACAUUUGUUGCCAAUUGAACCAAAAGAUUUGCCAAAGUUUGAAAAAAUCGAUUUAUUAGAUUUAAGAAGAUUUCAUAUGAAAGCAAUUCAAGAUGCUAAAACACAAGCUCUCAUGAAAAAGUCCCAGUCAAAUAUUAAUAGAUAUGAUAUUAUAUUGCAUAUUGACCCAGAAAUUCUAUUGGAAUUUGAUUCCAUACUUGGCAAUGACCUUCUUAAUAAUUUUGUCGCGUCAAACCUUGAAGGUGAUAUCACAACAGGCUGUACAGCAAUCCUUCAAUCUAUAUUAGGUUCUGAUGACAUUCUAAUGGCCGAGCAAGUUCGAUGUAAAAUCCAGCUAGAAUAUUUACCAGAAUUGCCAGAGUAUCGGAUAGAAACAUUGUCUGACGUGCUUGAUAAAACACGCCAUCGUCAAGAUCCUCUAUUUGCUGUUUUUCGAGGCAUUGUCGAGUGUUUAUGGAUGCCCACCUUUAUUAUUCGCACCUUCAAAUGCGAAAAUGUGGAGUGCUGUAAUAAGAAUUAUUUGCACGUAGUACCAAGUGCUCGAACAAAUCGUGUUAUUAAGCGCACUGAAGCUGGAGAGUACUCUCAGACAAGCACGAGCACAACUUUACAUGACAUUGAUUUGAAUUGUGGUUAUUGUGGUAAUGAAAUGAAAGAAAUGGUAGUUGACCGAGUAUACACAACAAGACAAUGUAUCCGUAUUUCAUGCAUAAAGUCAAAUGAAAGUAAGGGCUCAUUUUGCAAUUCAAUAAUUGCGGUCCUGCAAGAUGAUUUGGUAAAUUCCGUUGAAAUAGGUCAUGUAGUUGAAGUCAUUGGUUUGGUUGGAAGACAUUUUCCUGGCUUAGAUGAAAUUAAUUUGGAGGUAGAUUCUAGAUUUUGCAGCAAAUUAUGGUAUGACAAUGGUUUGCACGUCGAGGUUAAUAAUAUUAAAAAAAUUAUUAUGAACGAAAUGAUCUCUGCUCAUUCAUAUUCGUUCAAUUAUGAGCAAUAUCCAUUUGGUCUUCCAAAUUACAUUAAUAAUCUUAGAAAAUUAAACUUGUCAGGUUGGGGAUUCACACAAAGACUUGUAGAUGUAUUUUGUGAAGAUAUUGUACCACGUUUUGCCUAUAGAAAAAUCAAGCUAUUCCUGUUAUUAAGUCUAGUUGCCCUUUCUGAAAGACAAACAAAACAUUGCAUCUCACCAAGCAUUCAUAUAAUGACUAUCAGCGAUGGAUACAAUUCAAUCAUUCCUAAAAUGAUAAGACAUGUAUCAAAGUUGAAAAGGCACGAGGAAUGGACAUACGGUAAUGGCCAAAAGAAGCAUCCACUUUUUAUAAUUCAAAAUGGGAACGGCACAACGAAGGAAAAUUUUAUUGAGUCUAAUAUACUUGCAAGGUCACAGGGCGGCAUCCUCAUGGUAAAUUUGGAUUCUUUGAAUAAAAGAGACGUGGAAUCGCUACGGCUGGUCAUGAGCAAAAGUUCAAGUUUAUCAACACAAAAUCGCUACCACAAAUUAAGCAUAAAUGCAAAUACUUGUUGUUGGGGAUGGUCUGUUGCGAAGCCUACUGGAAAGGUUAUUAAUCCCAGGACGACAGAUGAUGAAGGAAUUGAAUCUGUCUGUAAUGAUCCGAUUAAGCCAAUCAUCGAUACGUUUGAUCUAGUUACAUACCUUAAAGAAUGUGUUGAUUCUGAAGCUAACGGUUUAUUAGUGGACCAUUUACUUGACAAAGAAAUGUUAAACCCUGAAAGGAGUCAAUUUGGGCUAUCAUUUGAUGAUCUUCAUCAGUUCAUCUCCAUCGCAAGCAAUAUUGACGUCAAGUUAUCUACGGAGUGUAAAGACCUCAUUCGUAAAUAUUUUUUGAUGUGUCGUAGACUUAAAGGAGCUAGCCAAGGCUUUGCUUCCUCAACUGCAUUGCUUGAGCUAUGUCUUCAAAGUGUUGGAAGUGUAGAUGAUGCAUUAGUCAGUAUAUUAGUAGUAGAAGAAACUUUGGUAUCAAAAUAUGGGUCAUCCGCUUCUGUUCUUGGAUUUGUUCCAUUACUUGAUGAUCAAGAGAAUCUGCACAAGUUGUAUGCUUGUCAAAAUUCCACAUUCGGUGAACCGAUAUCAAAUAAUAAAAAAUCGUCAUUUGCUCAAGGUGUCAAUGAUCAACAAGAUACCAAUGAAUAUUUUUCAUACCUUUGUCAUGUUUCAAAGCAAGAUAACGAAAAAAUGUCAAGAUUUUAUCAACAUUUGGUACGCGUUCUUAAAUCUUUUGGAGAUGGAUCUGUUGAAAGCAGUGAUACCAAUAAAAAUGAUGUUAUAAAAAAGCAUAAUUCAAAAUGA